UGUGGUUCUGUGACCCAGCUCCUCCAGGAAACGCUGGCAGCCGUUUCAGACAACGCUUGGAUCUGCCACUUCGGGACAGAGAUGUGCCGGCAGCUGAACGGCUACAACGGAUUCCCCACCGAGAAGAACUUUCUGUACAAGUGCAUCGGGACGACGCUCGGGGCGUGCGUCAGCAAGGAGUUGGUCCAGAAACAGCUGCAGGAACUGCUGGAAACGGCCCGGUACAACGAGGAGGCGGAGUGGGAGGGACUCGCUUCCUGCUUCGGGAUAUGUGCAAUAAAUCACCUGGAGGAAACGCUGGCCAAGCUGGAGGAUUUUGUGCGGUCUGAUGUCUUCAAGAAAUCCGUGGGGCUGUUCAGUAUUUUCAAGGACCGCAGUGACCACGAAGUGGAGAAGAUCAAGAGCGCCCUGAUCCUGUGCUACGGGUUCGUGGCCGCUCACGCUCCCAGGGAGCUGCUGCUGUCCCGCGUCGAGGCCGACAUCCUGAGGAACAUCUCCCAGUACUUCAGCACCAAGGUUCUGGGGAUAAAGGUAGAGACCAAGGACCUGACCCUGAAGCUGUGCCUCAUCCGGAGCAUCGCCAUGAUCAGCCGGGCCGUCCGUGGCAGCAACAAAUGCACUGACUUUGUUCUGAGUCGCAAAGCCGAACUCGUGGCGCAGAUGGUGGAGUUCAUCAAAGCAGAACCGCUGGACUCGAUGCGGACGCUGGUGCGGCAGUGGGCGAUGGUCACCUGCACUCACCUGGUCCUCCUGGAGCCCCAGCUCAGCGACCCCGACCGCACGGAGCUGAUGGACGCGUGCCUGGCCGGCGUCCUGGCGCUGCCCCCACUGGACCCACUGUGGGACCGCGAUGGGGACGGCGGCGAUGCGCCCUACAGCGAGGAGCUGUUUGCAGACACCCUCGGUGCCCUCCAGGAGCUGCUCAAGACCCUCCUGCAGCGCAGCCUGACCCCACAUGGCCUGCAGGACAUGUUUGCGCACUUGGGCCCGUGGAUCAAAUCCAGCAAGCAGCACGAGCGGCAGCGUGCCGUGGAGCUCAGCGCCGCGCUGCUGGACUUCUACCUGGGCAGGCUCAACGUCAGCACCGUUGUCCCAUUCUACAACCUCGGCGUGCUCAUCGCGCUCUUCUCCCCGCGCUGCUCCGACUCGGUGGGCAGCGUCCGGCAGCGCGCCGUCGACUGCGUCUACAGCCUGCUCUACAUCCAGCUGUGCUACGAAGGGUUCGCUCGGGACCACCGCGAUGAGAUGGUGGAGGGACUGAAGGCCCUGAAGAGGGGUCUGGAGGAGCCUGACUUCACUGUCCUGUUCCACACCUGCACCAACAUUGCCAUGGUGAUUGGGAAGCGUGUCCCCCCGGACCAGCUGAUGAGCCUCCUGCUCGCCAUGUUUGAGGGGCUGGCAGACCCCGACAAGAACUGCUCCCGUGCGGCCACCGUCAUGAUCAACGCUCUGCUCAAGGAGCGGGGGGCCGUCCUGCAGGACAAGGUGCCCGACAUCAUGAGCAUCAUCCACGGCAAGCUGCAGGAGGUGGACGAGGAGCACGUGCGCAAGGCAGCCCAGCAGACGGUGUACAUCCUGGCAGCCCAGCACACCGGCGUGGUGGUGUCCAGCCUGCUGGGCAGCGCGCUGCCCUUCGACAGCCACACGUGCGCCAUGUGGCGGGCCCUGGCCGCGGAGCCCAGCCUGACGGCGCAGAUCCUGGAGCAGCUGCUGGAGAAGGUGGGGCGGGACGUGCCCUACAAGGAGAGCAGAGCCUUCCUGCUGGGCGGCAGCUCGGAGCGCGUGGCCACGCCGCUGCCCAUGGCCGCCACAUGUGCUCUGCAUGAGAUCAUGUCUGCACCGGAGUCUGGGCCGGCGGUGCUGGGGCUCUACGCGCCGCUCUUCGUGACCCUCCUGCUGCGCGUCAGCUGCACCGUGGGUGUUCAGCUACCGAAGAGCCUGCAGGGCAGGGAGAGGAGGAGCAGCAGCCACGCGGCCUUGUCCCGCAGCCUCCAGCCCUGCAGCUGUGCAGUGCAGACGCUGCGGGCCAUGCUGGCACGGGGUGGCAGUGAGGCUGUGGCCACGGCUGUGGGCAGAGCUGGCGGAUGGGAGCUGAUGGAGAACCCUGAGCGGCACCACGAGGGCGUCACUGUGCUGGCUGGCUCCAUGGCACAGCAUGCUGGCCCCCGCCUGCCCCUCAUUGUCAAGAGCCUCGUCCCCACGCUGAGCAGCGCCUUCGACAGCCAACGCGUCACUGCCACCGCCUUCCUGGCUGAGCUGCUGAGCAGUAACGUGGUGAACGACCUGAUCCUGCUGGAGAGCGUGAUGGACAGCUUGACGGGGCGGCAGAAGGACCCGUGUCUGCUGGUGCGCGUGCUGGCGCUGCGGGGGCUGGGCAACAUCGCCGUGGGGGCACCCGAAAAGGUGCAUAAGCAUGGGGCCAAGCUGCUGGCGUCCAUGGUCAACGGCAUGGAUGACAGAGACGACCCCAACAACCUGGUGGCCUUAGAGGCCAUGACCAGUCUGUCCAAGCUUCUGGAGUACCUGGAGGAGAGGGACGUGCGGGCCACGCUCCUGCACAUCGCCAUCAGGAUCCGGCCCUUCUUUGACAGCGAGCAGCCCGACCUCCGCCGCUCAUCCAUCGUGCUCUUCGGCAACCUGACCAAAUUCAGCGAGGGCGACUGCGAGGCGUUCUUCGAGCAGAUCCUCAACGGGCUGGUGACGUUGCUGCUGCACCUCCAGGACCCCAAACCUGAGGUCGUCAGGGCCUGCAAGUUCGCUCUGCGCAUGUGCGGCCCCAACAUGGGCUGUGAGGGGCUGUGCGACAUGUUCCUGAACCACCUGCGCGAGGACCGGAGCCUGCACUACGGAGAGUUCAUGAACAACGUCUGCAAGCACCUGAUGCAGAGCUACCCGGAGAUGCUGAACCGUCUGGUUCUGACCAACCUCUUCUACUUCAAGAGCUCCUGGGUGGAAAUCCGAGCAGCUGCACCCAUGUUCAUCGGGUUCCUCGUGCUGCACGUCGGGGAGGACCACUGCCACCAGGUGGACCUGGAGCAGCUCAUCUCGGCCCUCAACCUCCUCCUGAAGGAUCCGGUCCCCGCCGUCCGCAUGAAGGUGGCAGAGACCCUGGGCCGCCUCGUCCGCAUCCUCUGACCCCACGCAGCGUUAUGGGGUCGGAGCCCCACAGCCAUCGCCACGCGCCCACCCCACGGGCACCCCGCUCUGCAGCACCAUCGUCUUCCUCCGCUCCCCCCCCCCCUCCCCCCCUCCGAGCCAUGGGAGCCCCCCAGCCCCCCGGGAUGGGCACAGCAGGUGAACGGACCCCUAUGUGGUGGGUGGGGGGGGGUCCCAGGAAUGUGAGCGUCCCCAAACACGCCUGUACAUAAACUUAUUUUUCGAUAAUAAAGCUCUUUGCUCCUG